UCAAAGAGCCGGUGUCCUGACGAUCAGACCGCGUUAUCCUACUUGUUUAUAUUUGAAUUUUACCGAACUCACUGUUUACAAAACACCGCUCAAUCGCGUCUCGUCGUUCUUGUUUUUCGAACAGGAAAAAUAAUACUUUGGACGAGGUGCGUUUUUCCCGUGUUUUUUUUCCCGGCUAAGCGAUCUGGAUCUAUCGGGUUUUUCCCUCUGCAACGUGGAUCACGCGGCUGCGACCAGCGGAUCAUAACAAUACUAAGAUCAGACCAGAGAAACACGGUCCUCUCUCCUUGGAUUUACAGACAUGCUGCUUUCAAAGUUUAAUUCCUUCACCCACAUCUCCUCGGUGGAUAUGCCGGCGAAAAACCAGCUCCAAGUGAAGGACAGGGAGACGUUUGAGAAGAUCUACCAGGUUGGCGGAGUGCUGGGCAGCGGGGGCUUCGGCACCGUGUAUUCCGGGAUACGAGUGGCCGACGGAUCACCGGUUGCUGUCAAACACGUCGCCAAGGACAGGGUAUCCGAGUGGGGCGAAUUGCCUAACGGCUCUCGCGUCCCCAUGGAGAUCGUGCUCUUGAAGAAGGUCGGCGCGGGAUCCCGCGGCGUCAUCAAGAUGCUCGACUGGUACGAGCGACACGACAGCUUCAUCAUCGUCAUGGAGCGGCCGGAGAACGUCAAGGACCUGUUCGACUUUAUCACCGAAAAGGGUGCCCUGCCCGAGGAGCUGGCCAAGAACUUUUUCCGCCAGGUGCUCGACGCCGUGCGCCACUGCCACAACUGUGGCGUAGUGCACCGGGACAUUAAAGACGAGAACAUCCUCAUCGACCUCCGCACCGGGGAAAUGAAGCUCAUCGACUUCGGAUCCGGGGCCCUGCUCAAGGACACCGUCUACACAGACUUCGACGGCACGAGAGUGUACAGCCCGCCCGAGUGGAUCAAGUACCACCGCUACCACGGUCGCUCGGCAACGAUGUGGUCUCUAGGCGUGCUGCUCUACGACAUGGUGUGCGGCGACAUCCCCUUCGAGCACGACGAGGAGAUCCUCCGCGGCCAGGUGCUGUUCCGGCGCAGAGUGUCCACAGAAUGCGAGCAGCUCAUCCGCUGGUGCCUGUCUUUACGGCCCGCCGACCGGCCCUCCUUCGAGGACAUCAUCAACCACAGCUGGAUGCAGGGCUCCGCCUCCUACUCCACCUCCGCCAUCAUCACACACCUGCAGCACCAGCAGCAGCAGCCCGCCGCCGGCGCGCAGGCCGAGAAGACGGUGGCCGCCGCGCCGACCACGGCCGCCACCGAGCUGCGGCUGCACAGCAUCGCCCACGAGGCGGGACCCCCCGCCGUGGCGGUGGCGCAGUGACUCGCCCCCCGACGUCCGCCCACCGCCGGGCGGACAGGAAUCGAUUGAAACGGACUGGGCCUCUGAGUGACAUCAGAGCGGCCGCACAGUCGCCGGGCGCUUCGCCGUCCCCCCCCCCCC